AUGAACGGUGGCGAUGAGGUUGUCGCAGCUCCGGCGGGUCCACCGUCUCCUUUGGAGUGGAAAUUCUCUCAGGUGUUUGGUGAACGUACGGCGGGUGAAGAGGUUCAGGAAGUUGACAUAAUUUCUGCUAUCGAAUUUGACAAGUCUGGCGAUCAUCUUGCUACUGGUGAUCGUGGUGGUCGAGUGGUUCUCUUUGAGAGGACAGAUACAAAAGAUCAUGGUGAAUCUAGAAGGGAUUCAGAAAGGAUGGAUUAUUCGAUCAGUAGGCAUCCUGAAUUCCGUUACAAAACAGAGUUUCAGAGUCACGAGCCCGAGUUUGACUACCUUAAGAGUUUGGAGAUAGAAGAGAAAAUCAACAAAAUCAGAUGGUGCCAAAUCGCUAAUGGCGCCCUUUUCCUUCUCUCAACAAAUGAUAAAACCAUCAAAUUUUGGAAGGUUCAAGAAAAGAAGGUCAAGAAAAUUGCUGAGAUGAAUGUCGACCCUUCGAAAACAAGGGCAAAUGGCAGUAUUGCUAGUUCAAGUAAUUUAAAUAAUCCUAAGCCAAGCCUUGAAAAUGGAGGAUAUCCUGAUUCCGAUAGAUCAUUCAACUAUCUUAGCUCUGACUUCUCAUUUCCACCGGGAGGCAUACCGUCACUAAGAUUACCUGUGGUAGUAAGUAGUCAUGAAACAAGCUUGGUGGCUCGAUGUCGUAGAGUUUAUGCCCAUGCACACGAUUAUCAUAUCAAUUCUAUUUCAAAUAACAGCGAUGGCGAAACUUUCAUAUCAGCUGAUGAUUUGCGAAUAAAUCUGUGGAACCUGGAAAUAAGCAGUCAAAGUUUUAAUAUCGUCGAUGUAAAACCUGCAAACAUGGAGGAUCUGACAGAGGUUAUAACAUCAGCAGAAUUCCACCCUACACAUUGUAAUACAUUGGCAUAUAGCAGUUCAAAGGGUUCAAUCCGUCUAAUUGACUUGCGGCAAUCAGCAUUAUGUGAUUCUCAUGCCAAACUAUUCGAGGAACAGGAGGCCCCAGGAUCCAGAUCAUUUUUCACCGAGAUCAUUGCUUCUAUAUCUGACAUAAAAUUUGGGAAGGAUGGAAGAUACAUACUCAGUCGUGAUUACAUGACUUUAAAGUUAUGGGACAUUAAUAUGGAUUCAGGUCCUGUUGCUACUUACCAGGUUCAUGAGUAUCUAAGACCUAAGCUUUGUGAUUUAUAUGAAAACGAUUCGAUUUUUGAUAAGUUCGAGUGCUGUCUGAGCGGUGAUGGACUGCGGGUAGCAACUGGUUCUUACAGUAAUUUAUUUCGAGUAUUCGGCUGUUCUCCUGGAAGUACUGAGGCUACAACUUUGGAAGCCAGUAAAAAUCCAAUGAGACGACAAGUUCCGACUCCUUCAAGGCCGUCUAGAUCACUCGGAAAUAGUCUAACACGAGUUGUAAGACGGGGAGCAGAAAACCCCGGGGUUGAUGCAAACGGGAAUUCGUUUGAUUUCACGACAAAGCUGUUGCACUUAGCAUGGCAUCCAUCUGAAAACUCAAUUGCCUGUGCUGCAGCAAAUAGCUUGUACAUGUACUAUGCAUAA